GUGGAAAAGGGAAUAACGGGGUGAAGCUGCGUGGGCUCAGCCCGCCUCUGCCCCCCUUUUUCCGGCGGGGCCGGCACCUGAGGGGCGGCCUAGGCCGCGGGUCGCUAGGCCGCGGCUAGGCCUAGGCCGCGGGUUGCUAGGCAACGGCGAGGCCUAGGCCGCGGGUUGCUAGGCGAUGACGUAGGGCGCGUCACUUCCGGCGCGACGCUCCCGGUAGUGCCGCCGUCGCCAUGGCCGCCGGUGCCUGCCGCGUCUCGGUGUUCCCCUCCCCGCAGGAGCUGGGCCCAGCCCUGGCCCAGCUGGUUGCCGAGCAGGCGGCGGCGGCGGGCGGCGGCCGCUUCUCGCUGGGCCUCUCCGGAGGGAGCCUGGUGGGGAUCCUCUCCCGGGACCUGCCCGCCGCCGCCGCAGGCCCCGCCGCCCCGGCCCGCUGGCUGGUGGCCUUCUGCGACGAGCGGCUGGUGCCGCCCGAACACCCCGAGAGCACCGGCGGGGCCUACAAGGCCCAGCUGCUGCCGCGGCUGCCCGGCCCCGGGCCGCGGGUGCUGGCCCUCACCCCCGGGCUGUCCCCCGCCGCCGCCGCCGAGGAUUACGCCGCCCAGCUCCGCCAGGCUUUCCCGGGCCAGGAGGUGCCCGUCUUCGAUUUGCUGGUGCUGGGGGUCGGGCCGGACGGACAUACCUGCUCCCUCUUCCCCGGACACCCCCUGCUCCAGGAAAAAGAGAAAAUCGUCGCUGCUAUCACUGACUCCCCGAAGCCGCCGCCGGAGCGGAUAACGUUAACCCUGCCGGUGCUGAACGCCGCGCGGAUGGUUGUGUUCGUGGCUACGGGGGAAGGCAAAGCUGCCGUUUUAAAGCGCAUUUUGGAAGGUGACGAGGAAAACCCCCUCCCCGCCGCCCGCGUCCGGCCUCUCUCCGGGCAGCUGCGCUGGUUCCUGGACGAGCCGGCGGCCAAAGAGCUGACCAUUCCCCUGGAGAAACAUUCCGUCUUGUAGAGCCGCCGGCCAGGCUCGGGUGACGGCAGCCGCAGCCCCGGCUGCGUGACAUUCCAGGUGAAGAACGCCACAUUUGAUCGUAGCGCUCGGUUGUGGCGCAAAAAACACUUUUCUUUUUUUUUUUUCCUGUCCCUUUUUUCUGGAGCAAUCGGUGCUUUGCCGAGCACGAAUUUCCACGUAAUAAUUCCUUCGCUUCGGUGGGUGCUGGGUUGGAAUCGUGCCCGGUGACGGCGUCAUGCGGUUCGAUUUGCUCACUGUGACGUGAAACGGGUACGCGGUAUUAAACGGAUGGAUUUGG